AUGAAGUUUCAUAUACUUCUCCUAUUGCUUGUGGGGGCCUGUUUGCCAGUAUUCACUCAGGAAAUCAAGCCAAAACCGGAACUUCUCCCAGCCGAUGAAGCACCAAAAGAUCCAGAAGCCGUAUUUUCAGAAGGUGAACCAUUCGAACUCACAGAUGCUCUAGACACUCCAAAGAACGGUUCGGUGCCAGUCCCAGAACCAGAGCCAAAGCCAGAACCUGAGCCAGAGCCGGAACCAAAACCAGAACCAGAACCAAGUCCAACUCCAGAACCAGAGCCAGCUAUCAAGUUUGACAACAUCGAGUCAGAAGAUUAUGGAGAUGUAGCUGAAACAGCGGCUUCCACUCAACCAGAUGAGCUGAACACUGAAGUUAUUGAACAGCUUGUCGACACCUUCCUUAACACUGGAUCCAUCGCCUCGAACAAGACCAAUAAAGGACCUGUUUUUGCCAAUCCAGUUGCCCAAGCCCUUGUGAACAGCAGUAACUACUGGAAGACCGACAACCUUCAGGCGCCAGGAUCAAUCAAAGAUGAAGAGAAACUACGUUCUUGGCUAGCCGGAUAUGAAGCAGAAGCCAUUAAGGUCCUCCGCGAGGUCGCUCUCUCAGGAUGGAGAUACUUUAAUGACGCUUCCCCAUCCCUCAAACUCGCCCUCGACGAGGCUGAAAAUGUUCUCACCAUGUUUGUUCGGAGUACUUCAAUGCAAGCCAAACAGUUCGAUAUGGCUUCGGUCACCGACGAGAAGGUCAUGAGACAACUUGGAUACGUAUCAUUCGAAGGAAUGUCUGCUCUUGCUCCAUCAAGAUUCGCCGAUUACUCUCAGGCUCAGGCUGCCUUGAACCGCGAUUCCAAGGAUUCUACUAUUUGCGACAAAGAUGUUCCACCACCAUGUGCACUUCAAAAAAUUGAUAUGGAUUCCAUUUUCCGCAACGAAAAGGAUGCUUCAAGACUUCAACAUUUGUGGGUUUCCUAUGUUACCGCAAUUGCUAAGAGCAAGCCAUCGUACAACAACAUUAUCACAAUCUCAAAUGAAGGAGCCAAACUGAAUGGAUUCGCUAACGGAGGAGCUAUGUGGAGAAGUGCUUUCGACAUGUCUUCCAAGGUUCACAAGGCAGAGUUUGACUUGAACAAGCAGAUUGAUAAGAUUUACUCUACUAUUCAACCAUUCUACCAACUUCUUCACGCGUACAUGCGUCGUCAGUUGGCCGGAAUUUACUCGAAUCCAGUUGGUCUUAGCAAGGACGGACCAAUUCCAGCUCAUCUUUUCGGAUCGUUGGACGGAGGAGACUGGUCAGCCCACUACGAGCAAACUAAACCAUUUGAAGAGGAGUCAGAGACACCAGAAGCUAUGUUAUCUGCUUUCAACACCCAAAACUACACGACCAAGAAGAUGUUUGUCACAGCUUAUCGUUAUUUCAAAUCCGCCGGAUUCCCACACCUUCCAAAGUCCUACUGGACCAGUUCAAUCUUUGCCCGUGUCUGGAGUAAGGAUAUGAUUUGCCAUCCAGCUGCUGCUCUCGACAUGCGAGCACCAAAUGAUUUCCGUGUGAAAGCCUGUGCACAGCUUGGCGAGCCAGACUUUGAGCAAGCUCACUCGCUUCUCGUUCAGACUUACUACCAAUACUUGUACAAGGAUCAAUCGCUUCUUUUCAGAGAGCAAGCAUCACCAGUGAUAACCGACGCUAUCGCCAAUGCAUUUGCACACCUCUCAACAAACCCACAUUACUUGUACUCUCAAAAGCUUGUUCCAUCAGAGCACUUGGAUAUUAAGGAUUCUGUCAUCAUCAAUAAACUUUACAAGGAAUCACUCGAAAGUUUCACCAAGCUGCCAUUCACAAUUGCUGCUGAUAACUGGAGAUACGAGUUGUUCGACGGCACAGUUCCAAAGAACAAGCUGAACGACAGAUGGUGGGAGAUCAGAAACAAGUACGAAGGAGUUCGCUCCCCACAACCAUACAACACAUCUAAUUUGGACGCUCUCAUCCACAACUCCGUCUCCCAAGUUCAUUCACCAGCCACACGAACGCUUAUCAGCUAUGUGCUGAAAUUCCAAAUUCUGAAGGCUUUAUGCCCAGAGGGAACUAUUUUGAGUGAGGGAUGCAUCCUUUCCGAAGACACCACUGAGAAGCUUCGCGAGACCAUGAAGCUGGGAUCUUCCAUCACAUGGCUCAAGGCUCUUGAGAUGAUUUCUGGGAAAGGUGAACUUGACGCUCAACCACUUCUCGAGUACUACGAGCCACUCAUCAACUGGCUCCGCAAUACCAAUGAAAUCGAUCAGGUUGUUGUUGGAUGGGACGGAGAAGGAACUCCAUUCACUGUCGAGGAGAUUCCAAAAACCAGACAACCAGGAGAUGGAGGAAAUGGUUUGCCAAGUGAAGAUAGAGUCGCAUUCCCAGGAGGAGAAUGCGUGAACGGACAAGAGUGUCUUCUCGAUUCUCACUGCAACGGAACAAUUUGUGUUUGCAAUGAUGGACUCUACACUUUGGAGAUCGGAAACACUUUCAACUGUGUCCCAGGAAAUCCAGCUGACAGCGGAUUUGGGGAUGGAAAGGGAGGACUUGUCAUUGGAUUGUUCAACAAUGAAGUCACAACACCAGAACCAUCAGCAGAGCCAGAACCAACAGCUAAGACAACCACAAAAAUGCCACCACGAGUGAGGGCAGCAACUUCUCCAUUCUCAUUGUACUUGACGGUUUUGUUAAUUAUCUAUUUUGCUUUGUAAUUUCAAUUAUAUGUUUGUUUCAAAUUUUCCCAUUUUUCAAAAACUCUUUUUUUUUUAGAACCUUAGGUUUCCCUGACCUGAAAUCUCUGACUCCCCCAAUUUGCUGCAAUCUUUAUUAAUUAUUUAAUGAUAAUUUAUUGAGUUUCGGGCCGAUGCUACAUUAGUCACUAUUUUGCAUUUUGAAUGUAGCUGCUGAUGAAAAACGGUUAAAAGACUUUUAUUUCAAUGUUUUUCUUACUUUACCUUUCUUGUUUUUGUCUCUUUCCCCCCAAUAAGUACACUUAUCUCAGUUGUACAGCAUAUCAGUUUUUAUCUGAUGAUUCAUUGGCCAUAAUUAAAAUAAUGAAUUUCAAAAAUGUUU